AUGACCUUCAUCCAUGUCUUCAAGAAAUUCGCAUGGGGAGCACUGAAGCACCCAGGUGGUCACAAUCUUGCUGGUGGUCAACACCACUGUACCAUCCGGGUUAUUUUGGUAAAGUUGUGCAACCCGUAUUGGUCCCCAACUAUCAAUGUGGACAAGCUAUGGUCCCUCAUCUCUGAAGAGGAGAAGGCAUGGCUCACCUCAGAAAGCAAGGUUGUGCCUGUCAUCGAUAUUCUCGCCCACAGGUAUGGUAAACUCUUGGGUAAAGAAUUACAUGCAAGGGAGGUGGUGUUAGAAUGGAUGUGGGAUGCUGCGCUUCCGUGCUGCAUGUUGCCAGAGCGGCAUUAUUGCUGUGAUUUCUGCCAAAAAGCCGUUUAUCUUGGGGGUGGUGGGAUGGUGAACCACAUCCGGAAAUCACCAGGCUGCUUUGUGAAGUUCCAAGAGUUCACUGCUGCAGAUGUGCAAGCAACUCUUGAUAAAAGUGAUAAUCCAUCAACUUCUCAAGAGGAAGGGGAUUUGCUGAUACAGGCUGGAUCCUCCUCAUCUAUGGAAGUUGAUCCAGAGCUUUAUUCCCCAUUUGGUCCUCCAGCUACUGAUCUAGCACAGGCUGUGGAUGACCCGCCUCCGGACUCUGACAAUGAAUUGAAUAUGGAAUCAGUUGCCUCCGACAUGCUUCUUGAGGAUGAGGAAAGUGACUGGGAGGAUGGGAUUGGAUCUGAGGAUCCUUUCACAUUCCCUUUGGGUGUGAUUGAUACAGAGGAAAGAGGCUUCAGUUAUGAGCACUUUCAGAUGCAGGGACUCCAUGUAAUGCCGAGCCACUGA